CUCGCGCUCGCUGGCCUCUGCGGGCGGGCGGUGCCUGGGGCGCCCCCGGCAUGUCGACGACGAGGUGGGGCGGUGGCGUGAAGGCGGACCGGAAGUUCGACGACGUGCAGGUCCUCGGCGCCUGGAAUUUCACCCUCCAGGGCGACACCCCGCUCUUCUGGAUCAAGUCUGGCGCGCUGGACAGCUACCUGCUGCAGUUCACGGUCAGCCUGCCCUAUCCAGGCACCGCGGGCCUCGUGCUGCACGCCGAUCAGGACGGCACCGGCGCGGACGGCGUCUCCUUCUGGAUAGAGCGCAGGCCCAGCCACGGAGGCAGAGAAGGCAACCGCCGCUACAUGCUGGCGGGCGACGGUCUCGACUCUCAGCCCGUGGCCACGCGGGGGUUCGCCGACCCGGGGGGGGCCCACGAGGAGUUCGUGGAGGUGCUGGUACAGGGCUACAACGGGCACAUCCUCCUGCAGGACCGCAAGAUGCGGCUCAGCUUCCGGGCGCGCAGCGGCCGCGGCUGCCUGGCGUUCUACAACUCGACGCAGGCCGAGAAUGACGACGUCCACUUCAACGGCGUCCGCGUCACCGCCCUGAGGAAGGGCCCCCUGGAGAUCUCAGGCCUCCUGGGCCGGCGGGAGCACUCGCUGCUCUCGCCGGCGGAGGGCGAGGAGCAGGAGGCGGCCGGGUCGACCACGUUGGCGGCCACCUCGCUGCAGGAGGCGUCUUCCUGGCAGUCCACCGCGGCGCCAGGAACCAGCAGGGCCUUGACCGGGACCCAGGGCUUCCAUGGCGUGCAGAAGGGCGUCUCGAGCCCCGCAGGGGGCUCCCGCCGUGGCAGCUCUGGCGCGCUGCGGGCCAGCGCCUCCGACGGGCUGCUGCAGGGCGCGGGCGCCAGCGCGCUGGGCCUGAGGAGCGCCGCCACCGGGGUCCGGCAGAAGAAGCAGGGGCCGAAGAUGGGCGCCUUCGCCCUCAACGCCCCCGCUGGCGAGAGGCAGCUCCUUGCCAGUACAGCGGGCGCCCGGAAGGCCCCUUCGUCUACGGCUUGCGUGGACUUCAUCGCAAUGUGAGUUCGAGGCUGAUAAUCGACUUGCACCGGAGCUUGAGAAUGUCUGCGCAUCCGCUCAGGUUGACGUUUCACACCCUCACAAAUUGUCUUCUUCCCACGCUCUCUCGCUCACACUUCCCGUCCCCCUUUC